GUUAACUUCAAAAUCGUUCCUUUUUCUAUGCUUGUAUUUUUUGUAGAUCCAUGCAAUCCUAUUCCUUGCAAAAAUGGAGGUUCAUGCCAAAUUAAUGGAAGUGACUUCAUAUGCAAAUGCAACGGACACUUUGAUGGAAAAACGUGUGAUACACCAUGUGAUUGUGAAAAUGGACACUGCGUAAGAGAUACAUCAGGAAAAAUGCAAUGUAUUUGUCUACCAGAAUAUGGAAAAGUAUCUACGUGGAAAUGCAAAGCCUGUGAAUGCGGAAAAGGAGCAAAUUGCACAUUCGAAUCAGAGUUUAUAGUUCUAGAGAAAAAAAAGUGUAUUUGCCCUAAAGGUUCAACUGAAAUUGAUGGAGUUUGCAUUAAUCCUUGUGAUAAGAAACCUUGUUUGAAUGGUGGAACUUGUCAACCAAAUGGGAAAGACUAUAAAUGCACUUGUGUACCUCCCUUCAAUGGAACAAAAUGUGAGAUAAGUCCGUGCGACAAGAAUCCAUGCCAAAAUGGUGGGACGUGCAAUGUGGAAAAAACAGGCUUUAACUGCAAGUGUGUGAAUCCGUUUAAAGGAAAUGUUUGCCAAAUAGAUCCUUGCACAAAUAAACCAUGCCGAGAUAGAGGUACCUGCAGGGUUCUUGGGAACUCAUUUAAUUGCACCUGUGAAAAACCUUUUUCAGGAAACACUUGCGAAAUUGACCCUUGCACUGUUGGUCCUUGCAAGAAUGGUGGCACAUGCAGCCUUUAUGGCAUUAAUUUUAAAUGCCAAUGCAAAUCUCCCUAUUUUGGAGAAACAUGCACGAAAGAUCCUUGCACGAGCAAUCCAUGUCUUAACGGUGGCUCUUGUACAUUUGAUAAGAAUGGCUUCUACAAGUGCGCAUGUAAACUUCCUUAUUCUGGAAAGAAUUGUGAAACAGAACCAUGUAAGCCUAAUCCUUGUCAAAAUGGGGGAAUUUGUAAGGAAGUUGGUACAAAAUUUGGAUGUGAAUGCAAAGAUCAUUAUGAAGGUGAUAAAUGUGAUUUAGGUAAGUAAAUGUAUAUGUUUAAC